AUGGGCAGCAAUACAAGGGAGAUGAUGAAGAACAAGAAUGUGGCUGGUGGUCAACUAGGUAUCCUGUCCACAGACCCUCCAACAGGUUUCUAUCGGGACGGAUACUGCAGAACCGGGCCCGAAGACAAAGGCAACCAUUCUGUCGCAGCGACCGUGACCCAGGAAUUCCUCGACUUCACGGACUCAAGAGGGAACAAUCUGAAAAAGUCUGGAGUCAAAAGUGGAAUGAAAUGGUGUCUCUGUGCACACCGAUGA